AGCAUAUAUUUUAUAAAUCGUAUAUAGCUUAAACCGAACUCUAGUUUAUAUCUAAAUAUUUAGCUAGAAAAUUAAGCUUUUAUUUAAAAAGUAACUAUUAAAACAAUCGCGUGUGCAAUUUGUAUAUUUGCUAAGUGUAGUGUCUUAAACGCUUUAGAAAAAGCAACUCUAUUUAUUUUGCGUGUGCGGAGAAAGUUAGAAAAAUAAAUAUGAAGACGUCUUCGUUUUCUCUUCGUGUUAUGCGAAGGGCGCGGAACAAACCGGCAGACGGCGGAGGCCACGUCAACCAGAAGAAUGCCGCAGGUCAGAAAGCCACCACACCCUGUCAAAAAGGUGGCCCGAAGACUCCGGUGAAGCCCUCGGCACAAAAGGGGGCGGCUAAGACUGCGCCCCCCAAGCAGGCGGCGGCGGCUGCGGCUGCCGUCAAGACCCCGCAAGGGAAGAAGAAGAAGGGACACAAACAUCAGCAGUACGAGCUCAUUGUUACUAUUAAUUUGUCCGAAUAUGGCCUUACGGAGGAGCAAGUUGCAGAGUUCAAAGAAGCGUUCAUGCUGUUUGAUAAGGAUGAGGACGGGACCAUCACGAUGGCUGAACUCGGAGUGGUGAUGCGUUCCCUGGGACAGAGACCUUCAGAGACGGAGCUCCGAGACAUGGUCAAAGAAGUAGACCAGGAUGGCAACGGCACGAUUGAGUUCAACGAGUUCCUCCAAAUGAUGUCCAAGAAAAUGCGCGGGGCUGAUGGAGAGGAUGAGCUUAGAGAGGCUUUCAGGGUAUUCGACAAAAACAACGACGGGCUGAUUUCUUCGGUGGAACUUCGUCACGUGAUGACCAACUUGGGUGAGAGGCUGAGUGAAGAGGAGGUUGACGACAUGAUCCGCGAGGCUGACCUCGAUGGUGAUGGCAUGGUCAACUACGAUGAGUUCGUGACAAAACUGACGUCGAAAAACUAGUAUGCAGAGCAAAGGCCGAAGAAGAGAGAACCUCCCCCCUGCGACCCUCCCGCUAGUGCCCGCCACUGUCCUCACGAGGAGUUGUCCAAGUUCGGAGGGAAAGAAACUCUUAUAUAGCGAACGGCAAAAACUCAGUGCGACGCUAUACGCGUGUUACGUUAACGUCAUUUAGAACGCGCUUGGUGGCAGUGUAUACGUACUUAAUGUUUUCUUUUGAACUGUGCGUCGCUUGGACUUGCAUUGGAGUGGACGGAGCAUCAGCAGUGCAAUUCUGUAAGCUAAUUUUUGAAACCCGCAUCUGAUUGCGCGGUGAGAUUUUGUUUUGGCAUUCUGUAAGACAUGUACUUAAAUGGAAUCCACACUAGCGACACAGUUGCGAGUACGGCAGAGAGUCGAACUAAAAUUGAUGCGAAAUUUUGGCGUUUUUAGUACAGAAUGUCUUUGCUAUGCGUUCACUAGAACGUUGUCUUAGGCAUUGACGUUAAUAGAUAGGCAAAGACGUGUAGUCGUUCCAUGAGCCAAGUCAAGGGCCUUUAGCGGCUCAUUAAUAAUCCUGGCACCAGGAUUGGCGAGGUUUAUUAUCGACCACGCGAAAGAAGAGGUUAAGAAAUUUCGCCAGACUUUGUCUUAGUAUUUCGCGCUAUAUAGAUCGGCAAAUCCGCGCUAGACAUUGUCAUAGGAAUUCAUGAAUGAUAUUGCUCUGUCCGCUCCGAUCACUCUGCAGUAGACGCGCACCUUUAAUGUCUUUAUUUCACAACGUGCAAAUGCAAAACGCCUAGUUCAAACGUUCAUCUGUAAAAAACGCAUUAUUGCAUCAUCUGUGGUAGAUAACGAAUAGAGAAGUUAAUCAAUGCUUUGUUAUAUUGACAUUUAAAUAUUGGAUUGAAUAAACGAUUGAAGUGCUGAAUGGCGAGUCUAGCGCCAGUUAACAAAUAUGUUUUUCAGACUUUGGCUGCAUGAGUUUAUCGAAAUAAAAUUAUAGGAAUACCUACGAAUUUCGUUCAUCAAGUGUGUUUCUUAUCACCUAAUUGGAAAAAAAAACCUAAAGAUAUAAACCGCGUGUUUGGUUGGAUGCCACAUAUGUUUUUGUUAAGGAUAUACCAAUAAUUCCUGACAAACAAAGUGGAAUUCCAAUAUUUGAUUGUCAAUAAUUUUCGAACUCCUUUAUAACCGUUAAACAUGUUACGGGAAGCAGGGUUAUAACUGCACUUGUUUCUUUCUUUCAAAUCUUUAGUCAGUAUUUAAUAUUAUAGGGCGUAUACAUAAACACACUUACAAUGAUCCAAAAUCUGUCUGUAUAUGCGCCGGGCUGAUGACCUUGAUAUGUCACGUGCUAGGAAAAUAAGGUGACUAUUGGUGAUUGUUAUUUUCUGGACACAAGUCGCUACAAAUUGAUGAAUAUUGUAAGAGAGAGAAGACAGACCCACGUAAAUUUUGUUAUCUGUGUAUUGUAUACGCCCCUAGCAACACAAUACACCAAAAAGGUUAUGAUUUUACUAAUUAAACAUUUCUGAUAGUACCUCUUAGAAAUAGUAAUAGUAAACUAAAACAAAACUAAGUAAGAAUACAGUAUAACCUACCAUAUAGAUUUAAUAUAGAACAAAUAGAUUGAAUAAGAACCGAUUUCACAAUUUAAAAGAGAAAAGUCGCCAUAUUGGGAAUGUAACCGGUUCUUAAAUAGUAACCGUUAAAAUAGCUGAUAAAAAAAUUUGGUUGUGUCGACUUUUUUGUAAUAAAAAAAAUAAUUAUUGGAAGUCCUAGUAUCCUGUACGUAUACACAUUGUAUGAAAUUGUGUAGUUUUAGAAAAAGUGUAUGUGUUGGAAAUGUUAAAAAAAGUUUUCGUUAGUCUUCCAAUCGGCGAAGGUUGACUGAAAAAAGAUGAGCCAAAUGUUAACAGCGUUCAUUAAUGUUACGUGGAAUCGAAAAUAAAUAUUUAUAGAAUAGUGAGGACUAAACUAAGACAAUUUUAUUUACUCCAAUUAGAGGAGAAAUUUUACCAAAUUUAUAUAGGCACAUGAAAGGGUACUUUUAAUGUAACGAAAAAAUAAAUUUUGCUAAGCUCUUAAAGACUUUAAGGCAUUUUAAAUGAUAGGUCAUCGAGCGUUGAAAAACUUUCAUUGACGUGUAAGUUAUCAUUUCGUAGUUUUCCUAUGCCAAUUUGAGCGAAAGAUUUAAGAUAAGGGAAGUGGGCUAGAAGGUUAAAGGAAUUUUCCAUGUAUUUUGUAUUGAAAACGCUAAUUUCAAUACAUAUUUUCACUUUUUCCUAACGCAUAUAAUAUAUCCACUAAUAAAAAUCUUCUUGUGCACAGAUGCACAUAAUAUACACUAUUCCUCUAUAUUAUUAACUAUAAGUUCUAUAAUUAUUUUAAUUUCGUUAUGAAUUUACAGUUUUUGAAUUGGUCAUAUUACUUGUAUGGGCUUCCUUUUGCUUCAUCGAAAAAGAAGAAAUAUCUAAACAUAUGUAUAAACACCCUAUUUUUAGCCCAAUCACACAAUAUAUACCUCGAAAACUUUAUUUAAUUAACAAAUUAAGGACAAUAAAGUGAUAAAAAUGUUAAUUCAAAUGAUUUUAAUACAAUUAUAAAAUUAUAUAAUUAUACAUAGCUAUCAAUAUAACAUACGCAUAUCACAAGCAAUAAUAAAAAUAAAUAUUAUUUUAACAGAUCAUAAUAUUUAAAAAUAUUAUAUUUACAAUAUAAUAAUAAUAACAGAUAUUAAAUAUUAAAUGUAUAGCAAAAUUUUAUUAAGAGACGAGGUAAAUAUUUUUGUCGAAGACGCAAUGAUUUUAAAAUAUCGUUUAUUAUAUUAAAAUAAAUAUGGUUAUAUUUCAUGAUUGUUAUUAUUGGCAUCGUAAUCAGCGAAAUCAUAUUUAUUCGGUAAUCGGUAAGAAUCGAGAGAUUAACGGUAAGAAUAUUAAAGGUUGAUUCCCAACACUAGUUGGGUUAUUAUUGUAUGGCUAUAGUGUGGUUAUAUUAUGAUUAUUGUUAUAGGGUUGCCAAAUGCUGUCAUAAUUAUUAUUUUAUGUAAGGUUGCAUACAACGAGCGCGACUCCUACGCACUGCACGCGUGCGAUUAAAAACAAAUGUGUAUAAGUACCUAGUCGUGUUAUCUUCUUUUAAGGUUGAUUGGAAAACGCAGCCUGAAUCUAAUUUUAAUUAGGACUCACUUCACUUUAUAUUUUCUAAUUUAAAAUAGUUAAAUAAGUAGCUACCAAUUGAAUGAUUUCCUUCACACCACUUUAAAAGUUUGGCUUCCCUAUUGAUUAAGAUGUUUGGAUAAGAAAGAAUACCAAGUUAACAACCAUGUACCUAUUGAAACAUAAACGUUAUAUGUAUGAAAGUUACCUAAGUUAUAUGUAUGUAUUUGCAAGUUAGAAGUUCGAUGUAAUUAGUGGAAUAUACAAGCUUCAUAUGAGAAAAGAGAUUUUAAUAAAAUUGAUAUGUGAAUAAA